AAAGACACGAGUUGAGAGUGUUGUCCUUACCGGUUAGGGCAGUUACCAUAGAUUUACCUUUUUGGGGUGGGGUUUGUUUUAUGUUGUAAAUUUUUUUGGAAUUUUGGGUCUGUUUCAAAUAAAUAGUUGAACCUUGGAUGAUUUUUGGGAGGGGGUGUGUAUGAAUGGAGUUGGAUAGUAUCGAGUGUGUGUCAUCCAUGGAUGGAAUGGAUGAGGAUGAGAUCCAUCACCAUAAUCUGCAUCAUCCACACCCUCAUCAUGGACAACAUCAAUUCUCAUCGUCAAAGCCUCACAAUGGCACUAACAACACCAACAAUGCUAAUACCAUCAACAAUAUUGUGGCUUCUACGGCGAUUGCUCCGGCAACCAGCGUCCAUGAAUUGUUAGAAUGCCCUGUUUGUACCAAUUCUAUGUACCCACCAAUCCAUCAGUGCCACAAUGGACAUACACUUUGUUCUACCUGUAAAACAAGAGUACACAACCGAUGCCCCACUUGUAGACAGGAACUUGGUGAUAUUAGAUGUUUAGCAUUGGAGAAGGUGGCAGAGUCCCUUGAAUUGCCUUGCAAAUACUACAAUUUGGGAUGCCCGGAAAUAUUUCCCUAUUAUAGCAAGCUCAAACAUGAGGCAAUUUGCAACUACAGACCAUACAAUUGUCCAUAUGCUGGAUCAGAGUGUUCUGUUGUUGGGGAUAUUCCUUUCCUGGUAGCCCAUCUGAGGGAUGACCACAAGGUGGACAUGCAUACUGGUUGCACAUUUAACCAUCGUUAUGUGAAGUCCAACCCCCGUGAAGUGGAAAACGCUACUUGGAUGCUAACAGUCUUCCAUUGUUUUGGUCAGUAUUUCUGCCUUCACUUUGAAGCCUUCCAGCUGGGCAUGGCUCCUGUCUACAUGGCAUUUCUCCGUUUCAUGGGUGAUGAGAUGGAGGCUAGGAACUAUAGCUACAGCCUUGAGGUUGGAGCAAAUGGCCAGAAACUUAUAUGGGAAGGUACCCCACGUAGCAUCCGUGAUAGUCACCGGAAAGUAAGGGACAGCCAUGAUGGUCUAAUUAUCCAACGUAACAUGGCACUUUUCUUCUCUGGUGGGGACAGGAAGGAGCUAAAGCUGAGGGUUACUGGCAGGAUAUGGAAGGAACAACAAAAUCCGGAUGCUGGUGUGUGCAUACCAAACUUAUGUAGUUGAGAGAAUUGAUUUUGACAAACUUUUUUCUUGAUUUGUUUUGAACGAUUUCCGCUGUGUGUUCUACCUCCGCCAACCCUUUCAGGUAUGUUGUAAUGGAUGGAAGUUUUCAGAAGGCUUGAAAAGUUUUCAGCUUCAAUGAAAUGUGUAAUAAGCAUAUUUUCCUCCCUAUCCAUCUGUUUGCAAUAAUAUGAUCAAUUUAACUGAUGCUCGAAUAGAGUAUAACUCAGGCAUCCUGUCAUUCUACACUUGGUGAUGUUGCUAAAAUGUGCGAAUGAUCGUGCAUUCAUCUAUAAAUCGGUAAUGAAAUUAUUCAAAGUCCGGAUUAAAAUGGUUUCUGA